AUGGAUACCCCUGGUUUUGUGAACCUUCUCAAUAACCAAACUUCUUACAACCUAGAUUCACCCGAACCUGUUUGGUUUAGUACCGAGCAGUCUGUAGUCAUGGAUAACACCCCUGUUUCUGAUCCGCCAGCUUCCAAGGAGAGGAGAAAAUGGUCUCUCAAAGAGGAUAUAAUCCCCAUAAGCGCUUGGCUUAACACGAGUAUAGACGCUGUGGUCGGCAAUGAGCAGAAGGCUCCUCAUUUCUGGAAGAGAAUUGUAGAGUACUACAACUCAAGCCCUCAUUUGGUAGGGAAAAUACCUAGAGAGCUUGGUCAGUGCAAGCAAAGGGCCCUGAGGGAGCAGAGAAGUGGGCAAAAUGAUGAUGAUGUGAUGAAAGCUGCCCUCGAUAUCUUCUACAAUGAUUACUCCAUCAAGUUCACACUAGAACAUGCUUGGAGGGAGCUGUGGCAUGACAAGAAAUGGUGCUCCUCCUUUCUCGCUAAUUAA